GUCACACUGAAAAGCAGCACCAGCUGCUACUAGUAAAAACAACUAAAAAUCUCGGCAAGCUGGAGAAGUGGAAGAGAACACGUAAUUCCACUAAGAAGAUGGACCCGCGCCACCGCAGUCCUGGCGGCGGCCCAGGAAUCCCCGCCGGAGAUGGAUCCAACAAGUCGUCUACUGGUGCUGGUGCAUCGCUAGCGGCUGCAGCGUCGUCCCCAGAUGAUAAGCCAACGAUUCUGGAAGGUGUACUCCAAAAUAUAUUCGACGGACUGACGGAUAAAGACGAGCAGGUGCGGGGAGCCAUGCAGCAGGCGAUAGUCAAGAUACUAGAGACGCACCCGGAGCAGACCACCGACAUCCUCAGUAAGUACCGCGCGGAUCACCCCAAGAUGAACGAGCACACAGUUGUAAUGCUUUUGGACUGUGUACGAAGCGUGGUUGGGAAGGAUAUCCCACUGCCCCGUGCUGCCAGCCAGAAACUGAUUACCCUGGCCCUGCAGGAGCUGAUACGGAGUCCGGAGCACGUACCACUCAUUCAGAAUCCCGCCCAGCGUAUUCUCGUGGCCAUUGGCAGGAGCGGACCUGAGGGCUGUUCCCUCGUAAUGGACGCCCUGCAGGCCCAAACCGGGGGACCUGAGGGUGUGCCGCACUUCAUGUUGAUGCAGUGCCUGGGCCAGUUGGCCACAGAGAAUCCGGCAGGCGUGGUGCCACACAUCAAGACGAUCUUGUCGCGCUGUCUGCCGCACCUGGGCGGGAUAAGGCAGGACCACAUUAAGCAGGCGCACGCCUAUGCCAUUGGUCGCUUCAGCGAGGCGGUGCUGGAGGAGGAACAGCAGCAGGGGCAGGACGGAGAUGACCAGGCCAUCGGCUGUUCCACAGAGAUAAGUGUGGCCUACGACGUGCUGUUCAAUCAGUGGCUCCACUCUAGAGAGCCAAAGGUGUGCGUAGAGAUCCUCCAGGCGCUGUCCAGCAUGUAUCCGCUCCUGCCACGGGAUCGCAUCCAGGACCAGGCAGCGCGCCUGGUACCCCAGAUCUUAGCCCUUUACCGGCGCAGUGUGGACCGCAAUGCGGUGACACAGUUCCUGUGCUCAGUGCUAAAGACGAACCUAUUACUGCACGCCCAGGUGUUGGACGGGAUUAUAGAUGCACUCGUGUCGCACCUGUUCGACCUGGUCUGUGUUUACCCCGACUACGAGAAGCCGCAGACGGUGAAGGGUCAUUACGAGGUGCUGCGCUGCUUCCACCUGCUGGCUGGCCAUCCCGGUUACUCCGGCAAGAUCAUGGACACGCUGCUCAUCCACCUGCGGAACAACAGCGAGCGGGAGCGGAUCAAGUCUCUGCUUAUCCUUACCCACUUCCUGAACACCUGCUCCGGGCACAUUGAGAGCCGCCUGCCAGCCACCAUCGAGUGCCUCAAGCAGCUCAUUCUCAGCGAGCGCAGCGUCAAGAUGAAGCUCACCCUGCUCAAGACGAUUGUCGCGCUCGCCCAGAAGUCGCACAUCCGGGACAAGGAGUUCGUGUGGUUCGUGGUGCGUCAUAGCUGCCGCUACGGCAAGCUCAACCAGGAGCACGGCACCGCCGAGGAGCACGCCAACCUGGCGCUCAGCUGCGAAAACACCCUCUUUAUGCUGGCCUCCACGGUGGGCACCCUUGACGAGCUCCUCAAGCGCGAGCUUCUCAACUAUCUCAUCCUGCUCGACUACACCGACAUCUGCGGCAACCUGGCAAAGUGCCUGGCCAGUCUCUUCGCCAAGUCGCCUCACAUCGAGUAUGAUAUUGCCGGCGGCGAGCUGACCGCCGAAGCAGCUGCAGCUACCACUGAAGCGGAAUCAUUAGCGAUAGCGACAGCAAUAGCGGGCACUGGCGAUGAUCGGUCGGUAGUGAAACGCGGCAAAGUGAUGGUACCCGGUGCGGAGUCGAUAUAUGCCCGAUGCUUGGCCCUUCUGGGUAACCAGCAGUGCAUCAAGCGCUGCUCUAAUAUCCUCAGUUUUCUACGCUACUACCAUCCGCAGCUGAACCCUGCACUGGAUAAGCUUUGGGAACGCCGCAUACCGGACCUCUUGCUGCACAUAAACAAGGAGAGUGCGUACCGUCAGCAGCUGCACGACUUUGUCCUGGAGACGAACGAGUUCCUAACCGGCCUCGACGAAAACUUUGCCCAGCGAUUGGCAAACAAGCUCGCGGAUCAGAUGUAUCUGUAUCCCAUGGCGCUGCCACACUCAGAGUGGCAGCUGCCGGACGUGAGUGCCGAGCGGGGCAUGCUGCUGCAGGCGAUCGCCCUCACCUUGCUUCAAGUGACGGACGUUGCGUGCAUCCAUACCAAGAUCGACAUGAUUGUGACCACCGCCAGGCAGGAGCGACUCGACAAGCACGUCAAGCAUGCCGAGUACGAGCGGAGGAUCGAGCCGUGUGCCCGCGCUCUCGGCUAUAUAUCUCGCCAGCAUCUCGGACAUUUGAUCAAGAAGCUGUCGGAGCUGGCCCAGGUGGGGGGACGCAAGCAUUCCACGGGCUUCUUUAGCAACCUGCACUUCAUCAAGGACACGCACAAGGAGCUGGAGAACUACAAGAGCAAUCUGCUCGUGGUAAAGGCCUUCGGCCGCAUCAUGGACGAGGCCGAUCCGCUGCAGUCGCUGCAGCACCUCGACGAUGACACCAUGCUCAGCUUCCUCAUGCAGCAGCUGGCCGUGCACAAGGACCAGACCAUCAUGUCGGCCAUCCUCCAGACGCUGCUCAGCAUCUGCAAUCAACUGAUCGUGACCAAGGAGCAGCUUCCGGGACCUCUCAAGUAUCGUAAGCAGAUCAUGGAGACAGUCUUCAGCAUACCGAUUGAGGCGCCCUUCCACGACUUGCCCCUGCUGCCCACCAUCCUCAAGCUUGGCACAGACUUCAUACGCAUAGGGGGUCCCGACACCGAAGAGUGUGUGGAUGGAGGCGUCAUAUUUGAGAUUGCCUGUAAGAACUUCUUCAGCUGUGCCCAGCAGCUCAAGAUGAAGUUCGAAUCGCAGGAGGAGGACGAGCGCAACAGUUUUCUCGCAAAGCAUCUCAACGAAUCCCUUCCGCAGCUCAAUUCCCUUGUCCGUGCUAUCGUCGAGCUGGAUGCCUCGCCGGCCACGCUGGACCUCAUCAUAGGCAUCCUCGAGAGCUGGACGCGCGACAGAAACUCUGAGGUGCGCAUCUGUGCCAGCCACGUCUUCAACAACACCCUCGACGUGUAUAUCAAGUCGAUGCGGAUCGGCUGCGAGGCUCCCUCCAAGUUUAACCAGACGGGCCAGAUGCUGGGGAAGAUUGUGCCGCGAUGCAUCGACUCGAAUGGAACGGUGCGGCAGGUGUCGGUGGAGAUACUGCAGAAGACGCUGGAAAUAGCCUGCAUCUACGAGACACUGACUAUAGCCAGCAUCGACAGCAGCGCAGACUGGCUGAAGGAGAUCGAAUCCAUUAAGGAGCACAUCAUCACGGACGAGCCGAAGCAGAUCUACGACCUGGCCGGCGACAUAGCCAAGGUUAUAGCCCAGCGUAUAUCCAGCUUCCAGUAUCUGCAGUUCUGCAAGACUCUUCUGCUGUCAUUGAGGGACCCAGAGCAGAGCUCCACCAUUGGGGCCAGCGUUGUGCUGAAGUUUUUCAUCCAGCAGAAGGGCUCCGAGCUCUUCCAUGCCAUUCCCGAUCUCGUGAAGGACAGCCUAGUGGCCCUGCAACUCUGCGAGGUGCCGCGCGCUAAGUCCGGCGUCCUCAAAGCUCUGGUGGCCCUCACAAAGCACCACCCCAAGCUGGUCUGCGCUGAGAUGCUCAGCCAACCGCUGCCAUACGACGCCCAUAUGGUGGAGUACUGGCAUCUGGUCUGCAGCGAUGCCGACCUCACGGGCCUUAUGCUGGACAACUUUUUGCAGUUGCUGAGCGGCGCUUGCCUGCACGAGGGGUCGCAGGAAUCGACGCUGGAGCGCCAGCGUAUGGCUAGCGUUCAACCAUUUGCCAUAUUUUGCGCCCUACAUGAGAUGUUGCCAUGCAAGGAUAUAAAAGAGCAACUCGAGCUGCGGUUCGCAGAUAUGUUCAGCAUGCUCCUGACCUCGCUGAGCAGCUACACUAACCUGGCAGCCCCAAAUCAGCCGGCUAACACCAGCAGCCCCGGUCAAGCGCAGACGAGCAAGUCAAAGUUCGGUUUUGUGCCCAACAAGGAGCUGAUCAAACUGAAUCCUUGCCAGAUAGCCCUCGAGACGUUCCAGGCCUUUCUCACCAAUCUGGAAAUGGAGCAGGUCGCAAAUGUGCUGACCGUGAACAACUUGGCCAGCAGCGCGGACUGGCACAGCUACAUCGAGCUGCUGACCCCCAUGGCCAUCGGUUUGGGCCACCAACUGCAGCUUGGAAGUCCGCAGAUGCGUCAGCUUGUGAAUUCGCUGAGCAAAUACGUGGCCUCACCCCACGACGGGCAGCGUGUGGCUGCUGUCGGACUGUUCUCGCGCCUGGUACCGCUUAAGCCGGGCGGGGAGAUAGCCAGCUGCGUCAUGAUGCACCUCGGGGCAGCUUUAAGCGACCCAAAUCCGGUUGUGCGUGGCCUGAGUAUUCAGGGAAUGGGCUUUGUGGGCCAGUCGGGGAAGCACGAGGCUAUUGCUGCCCUGCUAAAGGGCGUGGACAACCCCGUGGGCGAUUGUCUGAUCAACAUACCACUGGAGAGCAUGCGUGGCCUGUCCACCAUCCUGCAGGCCUUGCCCAGCAGCCGUGUGGAGUCCUUCCAUGUCUCUCUGGCUAUACGUAUCCGGCCAUUCUUCGGCAAUUACUCACUGGAGAUGCGCGAGGCGGCGAUAAUUCUGUUCGGCGACCUGUGCGAGGGAAAGCACGACGAUGGCAGCAGCUCGCCCAGCACCUCAUCCAUGGAAGCCCUCCGAGAGCAGCUAAUCGCCAAUCUGUUUCCACUGCUUUUGCACCUUAGCGAGGUCGAAGCGGCCAUAGUUAGUGCCUGUUGUGGCACCCUGCAGCGUGUCUGCCGCUUGUUGAAUGCCCCGCGGGUCCUGGAUAUGGCCCAGCAGCAGUUGGGCAAAGAAAAUGGCCAUAAGCUCAGUUACAGCAGCUUUGUGGUGGAUUUUGUUAAAUUGAUUGCUAUGGAGCUGACUGAACACAUUCAGGACUUCAUCGACUCGUGCAUGCCCAAGCUGCGCAGUCAGUGGCCUGAGGUGCGAGGAAGUGCCGCCAUUGUGAUUGGCAUACUCCACAAUUUUCUAAGCGAGCGCAAUGCCCAAACGGAGGCGGUGGCCAGCAAGAUGUCCGUUCUGCUUAAGGACGAGCAGGCGGGUGUACGUAUACGGGCGGCCACUGGCCUGGCAUACUUCUUCGGCGACAUCUAGAGGGACCAAAUCGUUUAUUCAUUACUAUAUGUGUGGAUAUAAAUUUAUAUUUAUAUGUAUGUUUAUAUAUAUUAUGACUUAGUAUUUCUCAAGUGUGAUCCUCCCGCCUGCGCCAUGAAUUCCCGGCGUAGCCUCAUUAAUGGUUUAUAUUGCUCCUAUUAGGUUGCAACUAU